GGUAAAGCUGAUGAUACACUAGAGGAGAUGGUAGAAGAGUACGUCUGGUCAAUCGCUUCUGUAUGGCCUGUAUCAGAUUUCAUGCGCGAACGAAUUCGCCAAGAAACUUCAAAGGACCCGCUGCUAGUCAAGCUGCAAGACAUAUUACGUACCAGGUGGCCAACAACAAUACAUCAGCUAAGUCCGGAGUUGCGUCCGUUGUGGAGUGCCCGACAUCUCUUUUCCGCGGUUGAAGGUAUAGUGUUACGCGGCAGCCAAAUAGUGAUACCGAAGAGUUUACGCCAAGACAUUGCCCAGCGAGCUCACGAGGGUCAUUUGGGUGUUUCCAAAACCAAACACCGGGCGAGAGAGGUAGUCUGGUGGCCAGGCAUGAAUACCCAGUUGGAGACGAUGGUGGCCAAUUGUGAAAUAUGCGCAAAGUAUCGAAACCAACAGCGAAAGGAGCCAUUAUGCUCUUCACCACUGCCCGAGCGACCUUGGCAGAGCGUCUCUGCUGACCUGUUCCAGUGGCGAGAAGCACACUAUUUACUAGUAGUGGACCAUUAUUCCAGAUUUCCGGAAGUUCACAAAUUGGCCAGCCUGCAGUGCCAAAGUACUAUCAAGGCCCUGAAGCAAAUGUUUGCUUGCCACGGUAUUCCGAAUAGGUUACACAGUGAUAACGGUCCGCAGUUCGCCAGUAGAGAAUUCAGGCAAUUUGCCCAUAAGUAUGGCUUUCAGCACACUACUUCUUCUCCGCUACACCCACAGGGUAACGGACUAGUAGAAAGGGCUGUCCACACUGUCAAAGAUCUCCUCGCAAAGUCGAGAGAUUCGGGAGAGGAUUUUUAUCUGGCGCUAUUGGCAUACCGGGCUACCCCACACGAUACCACUUCGUUAGCUCCAGCGCACCUCCUAAUGGGCCGGCGACUUCGCACUACAUUACCCUCUUGGCCUUCUGUUUUACAGCCGGAGUUGGUCCCCAGACCUACCAUAGAAGCCUGUGACGAGAAAAGAAAACGCCAACAGGCAGGGUACUAUGACCGGCGACAUGGAGCCAAGGCACUUCUGCCCUUAAAACAGGGAGAUCCCGUUUUGGUGUGGGACAUGAGCUCCCAAAAGUGGCUAAUACCAGCUAUUGUACAGAGUAAGGUACAUGAUCGGUCUUAUCAGGUAAAGACAAACACAGGCGUGGUUUUGAGGCGAAACAGGCACCAGCUACGCAAGCGGGCGAACGGCGAUCCCAGACGGAACCCCCCAGAUGAGGAUGAUGAGAAUGACGGAGAGGAAGACGACGUACCUGCAGCAGACCCACAUCAGGAAAUCCAGCCAGUGCCGGUGACACCACCUCCAGCAAACACCACGGUGACAAGAUAUGGAAGGGAAGUCCACCCACCUGCUUGGCGAACUGAGUAUGUCUAACAAAUAGAUCAGUGAGCAGACCGUCGUUUGAUUAAUUAAGCCAGUAGUUUGUUGUGUUCCUUUUGUUGUUGUUUUCGCGACCUUAGUUCUUAAAGAGGGAGAUGUAACAAAUGGUAAUUACUAAUAGUAGUGACUUUACAGUAAGGUGUUACAUACGGGGUUUUGGGGGUACAGUAGUCCGAGGGUCACGGGUUAGAGACCAUCGCAAUACAGUGUCUUGUC